UCCGGCCACCACGACUCUCCUCCGCCGCCGCCAUUCCCUGCGACGGCCCCCCUACCCCACACCUGCCGUCCGCCGCCAUCCCCUGCGACAGCCCCCUACCCCACACCUGCCGAUCGCCGCCGGCCACCACGACUCUCCUCCGUCCGCAUCCCUUGCGACAGUCCCCCACUGCUGUCCGCCGCCGGCCACAACCGCUCUCCUUCGUUGCCACCACCUCCGCUGCCUGGGCCUGGCUAUUAUGCGUGGUUGAUUUCCUUUUGUAAUCGGGGAGGAGUCUGUCUAUUGACAAGUUGUAAUCAGGAUCCUCCUCCCUUUUGGAGGAGGGCCUGCCGGCGAUUAGUCCGCAUAAGUUGGCGGGGGCGCUGGUUGAUCGAAUAAACAGAGGAGGGGGAGGGGGGAUUCAAAUUAGGUCGAUCCAAACAGUGCAGACGUCCCAUCAUCAAGAAGACCAGUUUUUUUUAGAUCAUCAGCAAGGUCAGAAAGCCCUCCCCAUCACCCCACUUACAUUGUGUGUUCAACAAGACCAGUUGUUGAUCCGACCAGCCAUGACGAAGAAAAGACAUCACCGCACACGCAAUGUAAAUGCAACACAGAAAGCAACUCACAACAAAGAUGCUGCCAGCAGCGAAGAAGACACAGACAGGCUUACCAAGCUGCCUGAUGACCUUCUGCUAAACAUUCUGGAGAGGGUGGACACGCUCGAUGCAAUAAGGGCCUGCGUCCUCUCCAAGCGAAUGAUGAAGCUCCCCACCAUGCUCUCGCACUUCUUCCUGAGCUGUAGUUCCAUUCCAGGUCACCAUGUUAGAGCUCGUGUUUUCAACGUCAGUGAAUUUGUCAGAACCAACAGUGUUGUGGCUCAUGUAACGGAUAACAUCUUGAGCACAAGGAGCCCAGAGAUCACCAUCAGCAGACUCAAAAUCAGAUUCCUCUUGGUGCAACCUGACUGUUACACAAUUGGCAAAUCUGUCGCCCAUGCCAUGGCAACACAGAAGGUUGGCGCGGCUGAGUUCCAGAUCGUAACAGACAAGACUCAUUUGAAGUGCUCUCCUGCCGAUCUCCUCGACCAUGCAAAGCAGCUCAAUGAUUUCCUCGGUGCUUGUCGUGAUGCAUUUGCUGGCCUCAGGCGCCUGUGGCUGUGCAAUAUGAGGUUUGGUGGUGAACUGGACAUACCCAACAUCCUCAGCACCUGCAAGCUCUUGGAGUCUUUGCGUUUAACCCAUUGCGACUCGGGGAUGAAUUCUGUGCUGCAACUAGAACAUGCUCAGCUUACCGAGCUCGAGGUCGACUAUGGGAAAUUUGAGAUAGUUGAGCUGACAUGUCUACCGAAACUCCGACGGGUGAGCUAUAAGAGUUGGUUCUACUCUGAGAAAGAUCCCCUGUAUUUUGGUUUUGUGCCACAGCUUUCAAAGCUGAGGCUUGCUAAAACUGGCUCCAGAUCGACUAGGACUCUUGAGUUGAGUCAGCUCCUCGGUAAUGUUCCUUCCAUAAGCGAUCUGCAUCUGGAUUUUGAAAGUGAAAAGAUUUGGGUUCUACCAGAAAGCCCGGAGCUGCUCAGGCCUGUGCUCAGCAAACUACAGCAUGUGAUUCUGGACAAACUUCCUGAAGGAUGUGAUUUAGCUUGGACAAUGUUUAUUCUUGAAGCUGCACCGUCCCUCAAAGAGCUGUGCAUCACAGUAUGGGAUCAUUGGUGCCAUAUGGUGAUGAGAGACAAAGAGUUUCGGGAGAGAAAUGGCUACUGUGAAAAGGCAGACGUGGAGUGGAAGCCACAUGCCCCUGAUUUCAAGCACAAGAAUUUGGUUAAGCUCACCAUCUACGGCUUCCAACCUGACGACAUCUUUGUGCGAUUCAUCAGGUGUGUCAGGGAACAUGCGGUUAAUAUGGCGGAGAUAUCUCUGCACGACAGGAAGGUAUGUCUGCGAUGUGGUGACUUGGAUCCCAAGAUGAAGUGCCCAUCAAGAUAUCCACGGAACGCUGAUGAGCGCAUGCAGAUCAUUGAAGAAUUGGGGAUGUCUUUGCCCGGUUUUGUUCGCUUCAUGUCAUAGUUGAGAAAAAAAGAUGUAUGUCACCUUUGUGGUAGUUUGUAAGCCCUCUGAACUCUGUAAUUCGGUAGUUAUCGCGCUUGUACUCUUGCUUAAGCUAUGUGAACUGUCGCCUAAUGAAGAAAAUAUUUAAUACUGUAGUAAAUUUUCAGAGUGU